AUGGCCGCAGUGGCUACGAGAUUCCGGUGCUUGAAUGCACCGCCAUUACGGCAAGCAUCCCGCUCCUUCCUCUCCGCAUCUUCAACAUCCUCAACAUCCUCUCGAAGUUUCGCCACCAUCGAAGCUUCACCUCCCGAGCCAGUCACAAAAAGACGCCCUACCUACUUCAAAGACAAGCUCAAUACCGUCCCAUCCUUCACCGAAUUUGUUGGCGUGAAGGACGAAGCGCUUACUCCCGAAGAUGCGCUCGAAUUACGCACUGCAAUGGUUGGGCCCGCUGGGAAGCAGAAACAGAUUACGCGGUUGCCGUCGUGGUUAAAGACUCCAAUUCCGGACAACUCGAACUACAAGAAGAUCAAGAAGGACCUGCGCGGUCUGAAUCUACAUACCGUGUGUGAAGAAGCAAGGUGUCCGAAUAUCUCGGAUUGCUGGGGAGGGAGCGAUGCGAGCGCUGCGACGGCGACCAUCAUGCUCAUGGGCGAUACGUGUACGCGAGGAUGCAGAUUCUGCAGCGUCAAGACGAACAGAGCUCCCGCACCGCUGGAUGCUCAUGAGCCGGAACAUACCGCCGAGGCACUGGCGCGCUGGGGUCUCGGUUAUGUGGUGUUGACGGCUGUGGACAGAGAUGAUUUGCCCGAUGGUGGCGCAAGACAUUGGACGGAGACCAUCAUGAAGAUCAAGCAGAAGAAACCCGAUAUGCUGGUGGAGGCGUUGACGGGGGAUUUUGAAGGAAAUUUGGAAAUGGUUAAUAUGGUGGCGAAGAGUGGCUUGGAUGUUUAUGCACAUAAUAUGGAGACGACCGAGGGCUUGACGCCGUAUGUGAGGGAUAGGAGGGCGAAGUAUAGGCAGAGUUUGACAGUGCUGGAUGCGGCGAAGAAGGCAACUCCUGGAUUGAUCACUAAGACGAGUAUUAUGCUCGGAUUGGGUGAGCAGGAGGAUGAACUAUGGCAGACAUUGAAAGAUCUCCGAGCAGUUGAUGUCGAUGUAGUGACUUUCGGUCAAUACAUGCGACCUACGAAGCGACACAUGAAAGUCGAGGAAUACGUUACCCCCGAAACAUUCGAAUUAUGGCGGCAACGCGCCCUAGACCUAGGCUUCUUAUAUUGUGCAAGCGGGCCCUUGGUGAGGAGUUCGUAUAAGGCUGGUGAAGCAUUCAUUGAGAACGUCUUGAAGAAGAGGAAUGGUGUUACUAUACUUGCGGACGAGGCAACCGGUAUGGAGAAGGCCGUUGUAUGA